AUGGCGGCCGCCGAUGUUCGCGAAAUGCUGGACCUGCCGGCGGAGGGGCAGCCCAGGCCGCAUAAGAAGCAGAAGGUGGUAGAGAAACGGCCAGAGGGUAUUACUCGCGAGCUGUACGCGCUGCUGGGCGAACGCGCGCCGCCGAUCGCCAUCAACGAGAACAAGUACAAGGGACGCCCGAAAUGGAUGAACAAGCUCCGAGUGCGACCAUGGCGCAUGACGCCCUUCACGAACAGUGCGCGCUCUGACGGCCUGGUUUUACAACACUGGCAACGAAAACAUGAAUCGACAAAACCAGCAGCACCCGAAGGAUCACAGAUGGAAGUUGACGAGACCAAAGAAGAAGGAAAAGAUGACCAGGAGGCAGCGCAUCCAAAGCCACAGGAGCAGGAAUACGCGUUCGCCAAGUACAACGUCCAGGCGCGCCUACCACGUCCGUACACAGAUGACGAGUACAACCGACACUUAAAGCGCGACGACUGGACGCGCGAAGAAACAGAUUAUCUGAUGGAACUGGCUUCCGAAUACGAUCUGCGAUGGGUGAUUAUUGCAGACCGCUACGACUACCAGCCGCCAAUGGACACGGAACCGGAUGACAGCGCGCUGGUCCCCGCCAAGCAGUACCGGACCAUGGAGCAGAUGAAAGCACGAUACUACCAGGUGGCGGCACACAUGCUCGCCCUCGAGCACCCACCAUCCGAGAUGUCAGAGCUCGAGUUCGAGCUGCACGAGAAGAUGCUCAAGUUCGACCCGGAACGCGAGCGAGACCGCAAGCAACUCGCAGCGCUGCAGCUGGACCGCACGGCCGACGAAGUGCGCGAGGAAGCCAUGUUGCUGGAAGAACUAAAGCGCAUCACCUCGAACGAACAGAACUUCGUCACCGAGCGCCGCGAGCUGUACUCGCGUCUCGAGGUGCCCAUCAGCGUUGGCAACACCGCCAUGUACCAGUCCAGCGCGGGACUCUCGCAGCUCCUGCAGACUCUGUUGCAGGCCGACAAGAGCAAGAAGCGCCGCUCCCUGUUGGGCAUGGACGGUGCUCUCCCCAGUCCAGCGGGCCAAACCCCAACACAGGGUCGCGGCGAAACGCCCGGUGUCACGCCCGCCUCUAUCCCACACAAGAAGGGCGCUGCCGCUGCCGCCCGCGAAGCACAGCAACUUACCGUGCGCACGCUCACCCCCGCCGAAGAAGCCCGGUACGGCGUGCAGCACCACGAGCGCUUGCAAGCCGGCGUGCAAUUCCGCAGCGACCGCGCCCAGAAGCUCACGCAGGCCAAGUCCAAUGUGCAAACGCAAAAGCUGGCCGCCGCGCUGGCGGAGCUGGAGGUGCCCGUGCGCCUGAUGAUGCCCACGGAGCGAGUCUGCAAGGACUUCGAGAAGCUCAUCCACUCCGUCAAUUUACUGCUCGAUGCGCGCAAGGUCUCCGAGAAGGUGGAAAGCGAGAUCCGUGUCCUCGAAGCGGCCAAGGCUGAGCGCGAGCGCAAGGCCAACGAGGCGGCUGGGAUUGCGCCGCCGGAUCCAGAGAACCCAGAGGUUAAGACCGAGACUGACGACGCGGGCGCUGGUGUUACGGGUGGCAAUGCGAAUAAGGGGCAAGAUGACGAGGCGAAUGCGGAGGCCAAGGACACACCGGCGACGGAUGCUGAUGGCGCUCAUAAACGAUCUGCUAGUGUGCUUAGCGGGGUCAGUGACAAGAGCAAUAAGCGGCAGCGCCGGUAA